AUGCCAGGUCUAGAAUCUGAAAACAGGGGCCGAAACGACAUGAUGGGAGUUGGAGCUGAGACGGUAAAAGAGAUCAGCCAGCCUGCCGUGGCCUACCUUGCUUCGGUUGAGCCAUCCUUUUCAGCCUGCCUCACGUUACUUCGCGCCUUGAGAUGCAGCCACGUCUGCGAGGUUGCGACAUGCGGCGGUAAGCUGGGACGAAGGGGGAGACAUCGACCAUGUGGCGAAAUUAGUGAUGACGCCGAUGAGGUGCGACUAUUCUUGGGCGCGAACAGGAUGACUCAAAAGAUCCCGAUAGGUUGGGAGAGGAAGAAGAAGGAGGAGAAGGAGAAAAGAAGCGUUGUUCAAGAAAUGGAACUGGAGAAGGACGUGCCGACGUGGGCGCAAUGUGAACAUUCGGGACGCCUUGAAGAUACCUUACCUUCCGUGCUCCCUGAUGGAAGGAAGGUGGAUGGCCAGGCAGGUACCAACAGAGCUUAA